GUAAGAAGAGCCUAUGUAGGAGAGAUGUUCUGGGGCUGCCCUUCUCUACAAAAGAAACAGAACUAUAGGACUGUGGCGAUAGCACAUAGUCAAGACCAUUGGCACACACUCAGGCUGACGUGGCUCAGUGGGCGGGUGUUAGACUGAAGACCAUUGACACCUAACACAUAGAGAUUCGAGAAUGAACAAUCCGUCAGAAACCAAUAAAUCAUCUAUGGAGAGUGGAGAUGGCAGCACUGGCACUCAGACAAAUGGCCUGGACUUCCAGAAACAGCCUGUUCCUGUUGGAGGAGCAAUCUCAACAGCCCAGGCCCAGGCUUUCCUUGGACAUCUUCACCAGGUUCAGCUUGCUGGGACAAGUUUACAGGCUGCUGCUCAAUCUUUAAACGUUCAGUCUAAAUCUAGUGAAGAAUCGGGGGAUUCCCAGCAGCCAAGCCAGCCCUCCCAGCAGCCUUCAGUGCAGUCAGCCAUUCCCCAGACCCAGCUAAUGCUGGCUGGGGGACAGAUAACUGGGCUGACUUUGACACCAGCCCAGCAGCAGUUAUUACUGCAGCAGGCCCAGGCCCAGGCCCAGCUCCUGGCUGCUGCAGUCCAGCAGCAUUCCGUCAGCCAACAGCACAGUGCUGCUGGGGCCACCAUCUCAGCCUCUGCUGCCACACCCAUGACGCAGAUUCCCCUGUCUCAACCCAUACAGAUUGCACAGGAUCUUCAACAAUUGCAACAGCUUCAACAGCAAAAUCUCAACUUGCAGCAGUUUGUGUUGGUGCAUCCAACCACCAACUUGCAACCAGCACAGUUUAUCAUCUCACAGACCCCCCAGGGCCAGCAGGGUCUCCUGCAAGCGCAAAAUCUUUUAACGCAACUACCUCAGCAAAGCCAAGCCAACCUCCUACAGCCACAGCCAAGCAUCACCCUCACCUCCCAGCCAGCCACCCCAACUCGCACAAUAGCCGCAACCCCAAUUCAGACACUUCCACAGAGCCAGACAACACCAAAGCGAAUUGAUACUCCCAACUUGGAGGAGCCCAGUGACCUUGAGGAGCUUGAGCAAUUUGCCAAGACCUUCAAACAAAGACGAAUCAAACUUGGAUUCACUCAGGGUGAUGUUGGGCUUGCUAUGGGGAAAUUAUAUGGAAAUGACUUCAGCCAAACCACCAUCUCUCGCUUUGAAGCCUUGAACCUCAGCUUUAAGAACAUGUGCAAGUUAAAGCCACUUUUAGAGAAGUGGCUAAAUGAUGCAGAGAACCUCUCAUCUGAUUCUACAGCAUCUAGCCCAAGUGCCCUGAAUUCUCCAGGGUUGGGGGCUGAGGGCUUGAAUCGUAGGAGGAAAAAACGCACCAGCAUAGAGACCAACAUCCGUGUGGCCUUAGAGAAGAGUUUCAUGGAGAAUCAAAAGCCUACCUCGGAAGAUAUCACCUUGAUUGCUGAACAGCUCAACAUGGAAAAGGAGGUGAUUCGUGUUUGGUUUUGUAACCGCCGCCAGAAGGAAAAAAGAAUCAAUCCACCAAGCAGUGGUGGAACCAGCAGCUCACCUAUCAAAGCAAUUUUCCCCAGCCCAACCUCAUUGGUGGCAACCACUCCAAGCCUUGUGACAAACAGUACAGCAACUACCCUCACAGUCAACCCUGUCCUUCCCUUAACCAGCGCUGCAGUGACUAAUCUCUCUCUUACAGGCACUACAGACACCACAUCCAACAACACAGCCACCGUGAUUUCUACAGCACCCCCUGCUUCCUCAGCAGUCACAUCUCCCUCUUUGAGUCCCUCCCCUUCUGCCUCAGCCUCCACCUCUGAGGCCUCUAGUGCCAGUGAGACCAGCACAACACAGACCACCUCCACGCCUCUUCCCUCUCCUCUCGGGGCCAGCCAGGUGAUGGUGACAGCAUCUGGCUUGCAAACAGCAGCUGCUGCUGCUCUCCAAGGAGCUGCACAGUUGCCAGCAAAUGCCAGUCUUGCUGCCAUGGCUGCUGCUGCAGGACUCAACCCAGGCCUGAUGGCACCCUCACAGUUUGCUGCUGGAGGUGCCUUACUCAGUCUCAAUCCGGGAACUCUGGGCGGGGCUCUGAGCCCAGCCCUGAUGAGCAACAGUACACUGGCUACUAUUCAAGCUCUUGCUUCUAGUGGUUCUCUUCCAAUAACGUCACUGGAUGCAACUGGGAACCUGGUAUUUGCCAAUGCAGGAGGAGCCCCCAACAUUGUGACUGCCCCUCUGUUCCUGAACCCUCAGAACCUCUCUCUGCUCACCAGCAACCCAGUAAGCUUGGUUUCUGCAGCUGCAGCCUCCACAGGGAACUCUGCACCUACAGCCAGCCUCCAUGCCUCCUCCACCUCUGCUGAACCCAUCCAGAACUCUCUAUUCACAGUAGCCUCUGCCAGUGGGGCUGCUUCUACCACCACCACUGCCUCCAAGGCACAGUGAGCUGGGUGCAGAGCUGGGCUGCACAGACCACAGACCUUCGGCACUGCAGUGUAAUGGGCUGCCAGCUGUUAAGAAACAGACAGGUGUGAUUGGCUUCCUCCCACCAUGUUGUGAAGAUGAGGGAGACAUGGAAAAGAAAAAAUACACUUACCAGGAAAAAAAAGAAUGGAGACAGAACAACAUUUGCCUAAUUUUAUAAAAAAAGAGAAAAGAAAAAAAACAAUGUCUUUUUAGGAUUGCUUCAUGGAUUAGAGAACUUUCUAACCAAAAAUUUAAAAGAAAAAAAAAACAGAAACAAAAAAUCCAAAACAGACAGACAAAAAUAAAUGAAAGGACUACUUCCCAUUUCCAGCAGUCAUGAUGACAAGCAAAGGUGGGUGACCAGUUCCAGUAGAGGAAGGGGUGUCUUAUGUUUUCUUUCUUUCUUUUUUUUUUUUUUCCAAAAAAUCAUUUUUAUAGGUCUGUUGUACAGGCCAUUAAGUCAUAACAAGGUGUUUAUAAUCGUAUCAAUUGUGUUGGGGGUUCCUUUCUUAACUGGUACAAUUUAGGCAGGCCUGUAUUACUGUAUCUCUGUUAUUGUUUUUAUAUAUAUAUAUAUAUUGGACAUGUUUAUCUCUUGCUCCUGGAUCCUAUUUCAGUGAG